UGCUACUGAGUACUCUCAGCCAUCAUAUGGACAGUUCAAAUCCUGCCUUUGGAAGCAGUGGUGGACAUAUUGGCGAAGUCCUGAUUAUAACCUUGUUAGAUAUUUCUUCACGUUGGCUUGUGCUCUCAUGCUUGGAACCAUUUUCUGGAAGGUUGGAACCAAAAGGGAGAGCUCGACUGAUCUGAUUAUGGUUAUUGGUGCCAUGUAUGCUUCCGUGACGUUUUUGGGAAUUAACAACUGCUCAACUGUACAACCUAUAGUAGCCAUUGAGAGAACUGUAUUCUAUCGUGAAAGAGCCGCUGGAAUGUACUCUGCUUUGCCUUAUGCCUUGGCACAGAUGCUUACUGAAAUACCAUCUGGCUUUUUCUAAAUUUUGUUUGACCAAAAGUUUU